AUGAUCACGAUGACCCGGCCUUAUCUCGCCCUUGGUCGUGCUAUGCGAUUGGCCACCAUUAGUAGAGGUACUAGCAUCGCCGCACGACCAUUCUCAGUUCUACGCCAAAUCCCCCGAAGACAUCUCGCACCAGUUUUCCUAGCGAACCGGGUCCCCGCGCGAUUGUUCUCGUCUACUUCCAUAUCUUCAAGGCCCUCGGGCACAGUGGAUGAAGAGCUGUUCGCAAAACUUCAACAUGAGAUAAAUGUUGAAACCGAACUGGGUGAACACGAACAGAUCCCCGAAAACCUCAAGGAGUUCUUAGAGACUUCCCAAUUUAAGUUAAAUGAUAAGGAUGGUAUGGAAGAGGUUGAGUUGAUUCGGAGGUUUGGUGACGAAACCGUUCGUGUCAUUUUCUCAAUUGCAGACCUAAAUGCCAUUGAUGAAAAACUCGAUGACCCUUCUUUGUAUGACCAAGAAGACCUCCCUGAGACAGGUGAACUAGAGGCUUCUGCGAAGCGAGGUGCCAGCACAGAGACAAGACCUACAGACGAAGAUGAACCGGAAUAUGAGGAGGCAAGCGAGCCGGCUUACCCUGCUCGCUUGAACAUUACCAUUGAGAAGUCUACCUCUGGGGCCUUGCAAGUUGAAGCUAUUGCACAAGACGGGAUGAUCAUUGUUGAAAAUGUUCAUUACCACCCUUCUGUAGAGUUAGCAACAGCUCAAACAGCAGAAGCUGAUUGGGAGAGAAGAGGUCGUUAUGUUGGGCCCCCCUUCGGAAAUUUGGAUGAAGAUCUACAGGUUCUACUUGAACGUUAUUUGGACGAAAGGGGUAUCAAUACUGCCCUUGCUCUGUUUGUCCCAGACUAUAUUGACUACAAAGAGCAGAAAGAAUAUGUCUCUUGGCUGAAAAAUGUGAAAACAUUCGUCCAGGCAUAG